CCGGGUCCCUAGUUUGGGUGCCGCGGCCAGGUCGCCGGCCCCGAGGGUGCACUUGGGGCAGGGUGGGGGCCGAGGGCAUCCGACCGACCUCGCCGUGCACUCCCAAUGCUGCAGCUCCCGUGGGAGGUGGGCACCGUCCUGAAUGACGGAGCUUUCCUCCAUCUCUUCCCCGCGCCUGGGGUCUCGCAACUUCGUUUCUGCAAGACCAUAGACUGAAUCCUUGGAACUCUUGAUAUUUUGCUGUGUAUAGUACCUGUUGGUGGACCAUAGAGAUAUUCAACUAGAGUCUAGAGGGGACUGAAUUCUUGCUGGUGAUACACAUUGCAAGCUGUCGUACCCUUGAACAUGAUGACGGCCCUCUCCCCAGAGCCUCAAACUCUGGCCUCAAGUGAACAGAACAAGGUCCUAAGAAUGGACACUCCUGGGAAUCAAGAAACGAUCCUAAGAGGAAGCUCCACUGACCCAGAGUAUUUCAGACAGAGGUUCAGGUGGUUUUGUUACUCAGAAGAGGCUGGACCCAGAAAAGCCCUGAAUCAACUCUGGGAGCUCUGCAUUCAGUGGCUGAGACCAGACAUCCACACGAAAGAACAGAUUUUAGAGCUUUUGGUGUUUGAGCAAUUCCUGACCAUUUUGCCUGGGGAGAUCAGGACUUGGGUAAAGUUACAACAUCCAGAGAAUAGUGAGGAAGUGGUGACCUUAAUAGAGGAUUUGACCCAACUGCUUGAAAACCAGGAAGAUCCAGUCUCUCAAGAGUCUGUUAUUUCCCAAGAAGAGAGCCCUGAAGAAGAUGAAAUGGAAGUUUCUGCCCUUCCAGAUACUGAAUCCCGGGAACCUGUGGCAUUCAAGGAUGUGGCUGUGAGCUUUUCGAGAGGAGAGUGGAAGAAGCUGGAACCUUUUCAAAAGGAGCUGUAUAAGGAAGUGCUGCUGGAGAACUUUAGGAACCUGGAAUUUGUGGGCUUUCCAGUUUCCAAAUUAGAUCUGAUUUCCCAGCUAAAGUGGGUUGAACUGCCAUGGCUGCUGGAAAAAGAAGUCUCAAGAGGCUCCAGACCAGAGUGUGAUCCUAGAGAUGAAUUGAAGGAAUCUGUUGGAAAUCAAGAUGUUCUUAUGGAAGAAUCGACUUUAGAUAAAAUAAUAGAAAGAUACCUAACGGGUGGUGAUUAUGACUUGAUGGGAGACUCCCGGAAACGUUAUGGCAGAUUAGAAGAUCGUAGUGAUAAGGAAUAUUCACAAAUAGCAGGCACACAAAAGAAAACCCAUGGGAGAGGCAAUAAAGGAGAGGGAUUUGACUCCACAAAGGGCCCUUUUGGAAGUAAUUUCAAAGAAACUUCAGAUAUAAUUAAACAUCUGAGAGUCUACUUGAGGAAGAAAUCUCGGAGGUAUAAUGAAUGCAAGAAACCCUUUAGUUUUCAUUCAGACCUUAUUCUGAACCGCAAAGAACACACUGGAGAAAAGCCACGGAAAGGUAAUGAAGGCAGGAAAGGCUUAAGUCACUCUUCAUCUCUCACUGAACAUCAGAAACAUCAGAAAAUUCAUUUGGGGGAUAAGUCCCAGAAGUGUAGUAACUGUGGGGUAACCUUUACUCAAAGCUCAUCCCUUGCUAAGAGAAAAAACUCGAUAUGUGAGAAAUGUCGGAAAGAUGAAUGUCAGGAUGCAACCUUGAAUAAAGAUGAGGGAAUGGAGACUGGAGAAAAAACGCAUAAAUGUAGCAAAUGUGGAAAAGCCUUUGGCUAUAGUGCCUCACUAACCAAACACCGGAGAAUUCAUACUGGAGAGAAACCCUACAUGUGCAAUGAAUGUGGAAAAGCGUUCAGUGACAGUUCAUCCCUCACACCACAUCACAGAACUCAUAGUGGAGAGAAACCCUUCAAGUGCGAUGAUUGUGGAAAAGCUUUCACCCUAACUGCCCACCUCAUUAAACAUCAGCGAGUUCACACUGGAGAAAAACCCUAUAAAUGUAAAGAAUGUGGGAGACCCUUUAGUGACAGUUCAUCUCUUAUUCAACAUCAGCGAAUUCAUACUGGAGAAAAGCCCUACACAUGUAACAAUUGUGGGAAAUCCUUUAGUCAUAGCUCAUCGCUUUCCAAGCAUCAGAGAAUUCAUACUGGAGAGAAACCCUAUAAAUGUGGUGAAUGUGGAAAAGCCUUUAGACAGAAUUCUUGCCUCACCCGACAUCAGAGAAUUCACACUGGAGAGAAACCGUACUUAUGUAAUGAUUGUGGGAUGACUUUUAGCCAUUUUACAUCUGUAAUUUACCAUCAGAGACUUCAUUCAGGAGAAAAACCCUACAAAUGUAAUCAGUGUGAGAAAGCUUUCCCUACCCAUUCACUCCUUAGUCGUCAUCAGAGGAUUCAUACUGGUGUGAAACCUUACAAAUGUAAAGAAUGUGGAAAAUCCUUCAGUCAGAGCUCAUCUCUUAAUGAACAUCAUCGAAUUCACACUGGAGAGAAACCCUAUGAAUGUAACUAUUGUGGAGCAACCUUUAGUCGAAGCUCAAUCCUUGUAGAACACCUGAAAAUUCAUACUGGAAGAAGAGAAUAUGAAUGUAAUGAAUGUGAGAAGACAUUCAAAAGUAAUUCAGGCCUCAUCAGGCAUAGGGGAUUUCACUCUGGAGAGUAAUUCUUGGGCUGUAGUAAGGUGGGGGAGGGGGAGAUUUAGUCAAACUUGUCUGUUGGAAACCUGGGGUGUAAAUUACCACAGCAUUGAUCAGUAGCUGCAACUUGGAUGGGGUUGGCAGCUAAGAAAAGUUUCCUUUUUCCCACUCACCCCUCUUUGCAAGGGUGUCAACUUUUGGUAGAUAGGGCUGGUAAAGCGAUGUGGAAAGUCAAAGUAGUAUGAGAUGUGAAAUGAUUCUAAAAGGCCAAAUGUGAAUUUAAAAAGCGGGGGGUGGGGGUGGGGGGUUGUUCAGGACCUACCUUUUUAAACGCUUUUCUUCGGGAGAUCUCACUUCUAGCUUCCCUAGCUUCCCCGUCCACUACCGUGUAGUGUAAUAGAGAACUUGAAUGGAGUUAAGAGUUUGCUGACCAGCUCGCGAUAUAACCUUAGGCAAAUCGUUUGACUUUUCUGAAUGUCAUUUUCUGAGCUGGUAGAAUGAAGGGGUGGAACUAAUAAUUUCUAACUUUUUUUUUUUAAAUACCUCUGAUGUUUCCUGAAGCUGUGGAAAUAAGAUAAACAUUUUUGAUUCAUUAGAAUUUUCAAGUUUAUCUAGUAGGAAAUUACUCGUUUAGGAUACUGAACUUUUGGCUUAGUGAGAAUGCAGUAUAUUUUUUAAAUACUUGAUGCCUUGAAUACUUGAAUAUUUGAUGCCAGAAAUGGUAUAGACAGAAACAAGUUAGUGAAGCUCAAACAAGUUUGCCUUCAGGGAAUGUUUUAAUUGGACAAAGCGCCCCAAACUGUUUUUCCUUCGGGCAUCGGCUGAGGGGACUGGAGAGCUAGAGGGCAUGCACCUGAGCCACCUCAGACAUGAGAGUUACAGUCCUAGGAAAACAGCUUACGGGUUGGGGUGGUGGGAGGAAAUGGGUGCUGAAAACAGCUAUUCUGGACGGAUUGCCUUUUGCAAAAUAGAGUUCUAUUUAAAAAUUAUUUUUGUCUAUGCUAAGUAUAGCUUCCUGUAAUUGAAGUGUAAACAUUCUGUACGGCGAGGGUCACAAACUAAAAUUGGGCCCUUUGACAUGUUUUAAUUGGUCUGCAGGGUAAGGUUUGUGUGUGUGUGUGUGUGUGUGUGUGUGUGUGUGUGUGUGUGUGUGUGUGUG